AUGGUACUUGCACAAUGUGUUUGGAUGCCAAUGUGGAACCUCCUGGUCCUUUUUGUCCAUCGUAUUGAGAGGGCUUUAAUCUAUAAAGAUAAAAUUUUGCAUGAUACAAAGUUAUCAAUGACAGAUCCCUCUCAGGAGUCUAACAAUGAGAAUGAAGAUAACGUUGAUAUAGUGAAAGUUGAGAUAACAGAAGAUCUGUUUACGCGUGAUCAGGUGAAGACUGAGGAGGAUGAAGUUCUUAUAAAUACAUCUACAGGUUUAGAUAAUUCUAAUAUUUCACAUAACACGGAAAAAACAGAAGAUCAUUGGUUAAAUUAUAUGACAGAAGCAGUCGAUCAGGAAAUAUAUGACAAUAUAAGUACAGGUGAAUUCACAAACUGCAACGAUCCUCGUCGUCAGGGUCAGAGUUCUGAAGCUUAUUUAAAUCUUCUUCAAAAUCAAAGAAGCCAAGUUGGAAAUAUAUGUUCUGAAUGUGGGAAAUGUUUUACCCAGAAAUCAGAUCUUUAUAGACAUUUGAAAAGUCAUACAGGAGAGAAACCAUUUUCCUGUUCUAUAUGUGGGAAAUGUUUUACACAGAAAGGAAGUCUUGCUGCUCAUCAGAAGAUUCAUACAGGCGAAAAAGGAUUCUCAUGUUCUGUAUGUGGGAAAUGUUUUACUAUGAAAUCGCAUCUUAUUGUUCAUCAGAAAAUUCAUACAGGGGAGAAAGCAUAUCCAUGUUCUGACUGUGGGAAAUGUUUUACACAUAAAUCAAAUCUUAAUAUGCAUCAGCAAACUCAUACAGGGGAGAAAGCAUUUUCAUGUUCUGACUGUGGGAAAUGCUUUAAUCGGAAAUCAAAUCUUAUUAUGCAUCAGAAAAUUCAUAUAGGAGAGAGAGGAUUUUCAUGUUCUGACUGUGGGAAAUGUUUUACUUGGAAAUCAACUCUUACUAAUCAUCAGAAGAUUCAUACAGGAGAAAAAGCAUUUUCAUGUAUUGACUGUGGAAAAUGUUUUACUCGGAAAGCAACUCUUAUUGAUCAUCAGAAAAUUCAUACGGGAGAGAAAGCAUUUUCAUGUUCUGACUGUGGGAAAUGUUUUACUCUGAGAUCGACUCUUAUUGGCCAUCAGAAGAUUCAUACAGGGGAGAAAGCAUAUUCAUGUUCUAAAUGUGGGAGAUGUUUUACUCAGAAAUCAACUCUUAUUAAGCACCAGAAAACUCAUAUUAAAUGAAAUCAGAGUUGUCACCCACACAAUACCUAGUGCUGAUGAUGACAUGUGACCCCCUGGGACGCACAGUUUUGGGGCUGUUUAAGACCCCUUCUGCCCCUCAAGCAUUUACCAGUACACUGUAUUAGUCAUCCCUGCGGGGGGGGGGUGGGGGGUCCAGGAUCCCUAUAUAAGUUUAAAUAGCCAAGUGAUCACCUGGAGCCCCUUUGUACACAUCAAAGUUAUAAAUAUAACCAAGGGCAUUAUAGUUAGGUGAUCACUGAGGUGACAGUGUUUCUCUAGCUGGAAUUUAAAUUGACCAGUUGAAAAGGUUUACAGGGUGAGCCUCUAGAUUAAAGGGAUAUGAAACCCAAUUUUUUUUUCUUUCAUGCUUUAGAGAGAGCAGCAAUUUUAAGCAACUUUCUAAUUUACUCAUAUAAUUUUUUUCUUCAUUCUCUUGGAAUCUUUAUUUGAAAUGCUGGAGUGUAAGCUUAGGAGCCAGCCCAUUUUUGGUUCAGCACCUGGGUAGCGCUUGCUGAUUGAUGGCUAAAUAUAAAAAAUACAAGAGGGCUCCAAAAGCACUUGUCUGGAUUAGGAUACCCCCCCCCCCCCCCCGGUACAUAGCAUGCAUUGUGUUGAAAUAUAAAAAAUAAUAAAUUUUUCUUUCAUUUGAAGUCCAAUUGAAAAGCAUAGUGUUAUUUGCCAACAACCUUGUUAAUUACAAUUGUAAUAAAAUAUGCAUUUUUUUCA